CUGAACAGCAAACCAACUCAACACUCCUGACACCAUGAGCUACUACGGCAGCUACUAUGGAGGCCGGGGCUACGGCCUUGGAGGCUUCGGUGGCCUGGGCUAUGGCUAUGGCUGUGGCUGCGGCAGCUUCCACAGACUGGGCUAUGGCUGUGGCUAUGGAGGCUACGGAUAUGGCUCUGGCUUUGGAGGCUAUGGGUAUGGAUUAGGCCGCCCAUCAUACAAUGGAAGAUAUGGAUUUUCUCGCUUCUACUAAAAUCCUGGGUGUCCUGGAAACCCAACACCUAAAGUCAAAAGAAGAUCCCCAAUACUAGACUUCAAUCAACUAAAGCAAACAAGCUCACCCUGGGCCAAGCCAAGAUUGAAGAGAAUUUAGCAUCUACAAUUUUAAGAAUAAUUAUCAUCUUAUAAUUGCCUACAUCAUGUCUUCUUGUAUCCUCAUCUAUACUUUACAAAAUGUAGCCUUUUUAGUUUCCCUUUACAAUAAAUUAUCCUAAUU